UUCUGGAACAAUGAUUAGGUAGCUUCAAAAUACGACCAAGGGAGCAUUUUCCUCGUCCAUAGAACCCAAAAGCAUGAGUCAGAAUAUUGAUUUACUUACAGUCCUUUUCGCUGUGUGUUAUUUCAUCGUCAAAGGUCGGACUGAUGUCGUUUUUUCUACUCUGACUCGAGAUGUCGAUGGAGACUACUUCACUGACGUUUGCGGAAAUUGCUAUAAAUACGGGGCGGUCGAAACACAAAGGGUUUGCAGAUGCAAAUCAACGCAUUCAGUUUUUCUGCGAAAUGAAGGACGAUGCAAGGAUAGAAAUGACUUCGUGAAUAGUAAGUAAGGUGGAAUUUAGCGUGCUUGCUCUCCAAGCAUAACUACACUAGCUAACUUCUCUAGAAGUGUUGAAUUAUUUAUUGGAGUAAGUACUCUGUGCAGUAUGUGCUGUUACGUGGUAUAGAAGUAGCUUUAUCAAAACAAUCAAGUAUAGAGCUGAAAGAGUAGUGAUGUUUUUGAGAUGUUGAACUUUGUUCCAUUCACGUGAAAAGCUUAAAUCAAGUACUCAAGCUUUGAAUUAAUCAACACAAAAAUUUUCCUUUAGCAUGCUUUGACUAGCUCUAAAAUUAUGAAAACUUGCAGAGACCUUCUUUAACGGCAUAUUUCACCUAUUUUUGUAACUAGAUGGAAUAACUAUUUAUAUACCUAACAGCCAUAAAAUUGUCAAAGAAAUAAAACUAAACGUUAAAGUAAGCCAGUUUGGAAUGAAUUUCCUUUUAAUGAUUCAGUGUGGCCAUAUUACAGAAUACCAAGGAAAAUAUUUUCUUUCACUCUAUAUAAACUGGUAGUUUAAGGGGAUAAGUUUCUAAAGAAACUGUGGUGCUGUGUUGGUGGGAGAGUAGAAGAGGAUAAUAUCGUAUUGUCAAGGGUUUCAAAGCUAACGUUUUAAGCAUUAGCUCUUUGUCAGAGCCAAUAGAAGCAGAAGUGGAAUUUAACAUGCUUUGCUUCGUCAGAGCAUUUUCUUUGAUGAAGAGCUAACCCUUGACACAUCAGCUUUGAAACCCUUUAAGGUGACUAAUUUACAUUAUCAACUCAGUUGAUAAUACUAAAUACCCUCAAAAAUGUUACUAAAUACCCUGAUAUGUAGGUUAAUUUUAUACUUAAGUCAUGGGGCUUAUCCAGCUAGAGCUUAUAUUGGUAUCCUGUGCAACUCCCUCCCGAUUGAUGGGAUGCCAGUCUAUUGCAAUCAGGCUUCCCUGAUAAUUUGCUGAUACAUAAUCUGAUACAAGAGUAAAGUGUUUUGUCCAUGCAACACAGUGACAUUGCCUGAGUUCUUGAGCCUGUACCUCUCUAUCUGGAUUCCAAUGCACUAACCAUUUGAGGCUAUUACAUCUCCUGAACCCUUUAACCCCUAAGAGUGACUAGCAUCUAAUUUCUCCUUACAAUAUCACCACUGAAUCACACAUUAAUGUCUUGAGAAUAAAGGAAAUGAUCACCGACUAAAGAAACUCUUGAUUGUUAGACAAAUUCUCCUAGUCAGCACCUUUAGCAAAUGUAUGUAGAACAGUAUGGAGAAUAUGCAUACUGAUUCCAGGGUGUAAAGGGUCAAUAAAUAUGAAUUAUUUGUUUACCUAAUUAUGUCAUUUGAUUAGUUCAUUAUAUUCAUUGCUUUGUUUUAAUUUUUCCACAGUAGAGGAGAAAUGUCUUUCUUGGCACAAAUUGGUAGAAGUUAUUGAUCCUGAAAAAGAAGCUAAAUAUUAUUUUAAUCAAGUUUACUCCAAAUAUGAGUCAUGCCGUUUGAAACCACUG